AUGCUCGCGCGAGCGCCGCUCCGCCUCGCGUCCAUAUUGUUGCUCCAGCCGUGCUGCCCGCUCCUCAUCCCAGGCCUGCAGCGCGAAUACCUCGAGGGUGAGGAGCUGCCAAUGCGAGUGGCGAAGCUGAUGUCGACGAGGACACUGGUGCCCUUCUCAUACUACUCGCUCGCGCAGUGCACGCCGCGCUCGCUCGAGGCGGCGGCAGAGAACUUGGGCGAGGUUCUGCAUGGCGACCGCAUCUUCAACGCACCCUUCGAGCUCCGCCUGCGCCGGCCGCGCGCACUGGCGCUGUGCCGGCUGCUGCUCGACCCUCAGGAGAGGGAGUUGUGGGUGGCGCGUAUCCGCGAGGGCUACCGCGCGCAUCUGCUGCUCGACAACCUGCCGGUUGGCACGCGCCGCCCACGCGAUGGAGCGGCGCCGCUGCUCGAGCGCGGCUACCUGCUCGGCGCGGCGGCGCCGGACGGUGCGAUCGUGCACAACCACCUGCACUUCACAGUGCGGUACCACCUGCCGUCGCCUUCCGUGACGACGGGCGAGGCGUGGAGAGGGAGCGGGCGGAGGGCGAGGAUCGUCGGCUUCGAGGCCGGCUCUGCAGUCGACGUGCUCAACUUGUCUCCAGCAGAGGUUGGGCUGUCGCACGAUGGUACGUCUCCGAUGGUGCUGCGGCGGCGGGGAGGGAAGCCGGUCGAGCUCAUCUUCACGUACAACGUGACGUACGCCCUCUCGGAGGUGCCGUACUCCUCGAGGUGGGACAACUACCUCAUGCUCGAGGAGGGGUCGCAGGCUCACCGGCUCGAGAUCGCUCGAGAUCGCUCGAGAUCGCCCGAGAUCGCGCGAGAGCAAGCGAGACCACGCGAGAGCAAGCGAGACCACCGGCCGCAGGUGCACUGGCUCUCGCUCUGCGGCUCGCUCGCCCUCUCGCUGCUACUCGCCUCCUUGGUCGCCGCAAUCAUGCUCGCGACGGUGCGGCGGGACUUGCAAAAGUACAACGCCAUCGACGCCGACGACGACCUCGUCGAGGCGAGACGCGCCUGCCCCGGCGCAGCGGACGCUUGCUCACCGCGGCUCCUCACCGCCGCCCUCCUCCUCCUCUGCCUUUCCGCCGUGCCGGCCGGCUACGUCGCCGCCCGCCUCUACCGCCAGAUCGACGGUUCGCACCCGUAUGCGCUGAUCGGCGCGCUCUCGUUUGCGCUUCCCGGCUCCGUCUUUGCCGCCUUCACCGCCCUCGAUCUCGUGCUGUGGGCGCGCGGCGCAACCUCCGCCGUCCCGCUCACCACGCUCCUUGCGCUGCUGCUGCUCUGGCCCGGGCUGCACGCGCUCUCUCGACACUUCCAGGACACGGCCGUGACAUGCGCCUCCCUCGGCUUCCGGCAGCCGCGCGCCGAGGACCCGUGCUUCACCAACCUGAUCCCGCGCCAGAUCCCCACGCAGCCACUGUGGGCGCGAUGCAGCCCCGCCCUCUCUGCCACCUCUCGCCCCGCACCUGCUCAACGUUAUGCUGCCGCACACACGCCUCCUCCGCUCUACGCGCAUCCCCUCGUCGCCGCCCUGUCUGGCGGGCUCCUCCCGUUCGGCUCGGCCGCCAUCGAGCUCUCCUCGCUCUACUCGUCAGCGUGGAACGGGCGCAUCUACUCGCUCUUCGGUUUCCUGUUCCUCACGGCGACGACGACGGCGCUCAUCUGCGCAGAGGUUGGCGUCGUGCUCUGCUACUUUCAGCUCUGCCGCGAGGACUACCGCUGGUGGUGGCGCUCCUUCGCGCAUACCGGCUCCUGCGGCCUCUACUUCUUCUUGCACGCCGCUGCAUACGCCCACAGCGAGCUUCAUCUCUCCGGGCCCACCGCCAUCGCAAUCUAUUACGGCUACACCGCCGCCGCCUCAGCCGCGCUGUCCCUCGUGACGGGCGGGGUCAGCUUCGUCGCCUGCUUUUGGUUUGUCCGCUCCAUCUUUGCUGCAGUCAAGGUCGACUAG